UGAAAGGAAUUUCACGCUUCAAAGCGACGCCAGUUCAUCUACAAAGGCCGAGAAAAGUCACUCGAUUCGGCCAAAGUUGCUAGAAGGAAAGCUUUUCAGUCGCGGGAGGAAGGAGGAAGAAGUAAGGGGAGGUUCUCUCCACUUUCUUGGCGGCUCACCUGAAGCUAGGUUACUCCUCCGAAGAGCCGGGCAGGGCCAGGCCGGAGGCCGGGCUAGCACUCGCCAUUGGCGGACACGCGAUGGGGGGAGCGCCGCUCGCUUGGAAGCAGUCACUCGCAGCCAUAAAGAGCAGCGAAUGAGGUCAGGCGUCGUGCUAGCUUAGUUUUCACGAGCAUGGACUUGGCCGAGGAGUCGUCGCCCGCCCUGGCGUUCGAGAAGGACGCCUUCGAGCUGACGGUGGAAGACGUCUACGACAUCUCCUACGUGGUCGGACGGGACUUGCUGAGGAUCAGCCGAACGGGCGAGGAGGUGUCCGACCUGCAGUUUCGCAUAGUCCGCGUACUGGAGAUGUUCGAGACCAUGGUCAACAAGUACAACUUGUCUUUGGAGGAACUGCGAAUGGAGCGGGACAACCUCAAGAGUCAGCUGGACCUAAUGCUCACCGAAAGCACGAGAGCGACGGGAGCCAAUCAGAUGGUGGUGGACCUCAACGACCCCAACAGGCCUCGCUUCACCAUGCAUGAGCUGAAGGAGGUGCUACAGGAGAGGAACCACCUGAAGGCCCAGCUAAUGGUGGCUCAGGAGGAACUGCAGCUCUACAAGAGCGGGAUUCUGCCGCCGGGCCAAGCGCCCAUGGUGGAAGUGGACCUGGAUCAGGACCGAUCGGAAAAAAACGGAGCGGCCGGCGACGCCAAAGAGGAGAAGACCACCGCCAUUGGGAAAUUGUUUUCGUUCCGACGGAAAUGAGACGAGACGAAGAACGGCGCCGAAGAAGCCGCGUCGGUCGGCAAGUCGUUUUUAUACUCUAGUGCUUUGUUAACACGCUGCCUUUGAUUUUUUUAUGGAUUACAAAAGAGUCAGAGUAGGUACACUUGGAAAAAGACUGCUCUGUUAAAAAAAUGUGAUGGUUAUUUGAAAUACACAAAUGAAAUCAUCUCAUUUCCAACUAGAAAAGGCCCUUUUUGGAUAAAUUGAAUGGGGAUGCUUUGCUUUUCUGGUCGGUCAUUUCGUGUUCAUUUUUGGGCAUUCCCGGAUCACUUCCUGUACGUUUUUGGUCACUUACUGUUGAUUUCAGGUCUCUUUUGGUACAUUUUUAUGGCAUUCCCAGGUCACUUCCUGUAUAUUCUGGGUCACUUCCUAUUAAAUUUGGGGCACUUAUGGGUUGAUUCCUAAUGAUUGUGAGGCAUUUGCUGUUGAUUUGAGGACAUUUAUCACACUGCAAAAACACACCUCCUUAAAAUGUCUUAAAUUUAGGGCUGUCAAACGAUUAAAAUUUUUAAUCGAGUUAAUUACAGCUUAAAAAUUAAUUAAUUGUAAUUAAUCGCAAUUAAUCGCAAUUCAAACCAUCUAUAAAAUAUGCCAUAUUUUUCUGUAAAUUAUAUAUAUAUUCUGUAAAAUAAUUUGUUGGAAUGGAAAGAUAAGACACAAGAUGGAUAUAUACAUUUAACAUACGGUACAUAAGGACUGUAGUGGGCAUUUCACUCUACUGUCAUUUAAAUCUGUCUCUGCUGUCCUCACUCCGAAGCGUUUACUUUUUCCAAAGCUAGACAGCUAGUGAACGACGCCUUAAUAAUCAGACUUCUUCCUUUUUCAUCUGAUUUAUUAAUUAAAUGGCCUCAAACCAUUGUCCUCUUUAGACCGUAGUGAAACUACAAAAAAAAAGUACACAAGCAUUGCAUUAGCAAACACAUUAGCUUAGCACGCUAUACAGGUUCAUUACACAUAAACAAAAAGCGUCUCAUACAAAAAAUAUAACAUUUCGCUUACUUACAUAAUAUGUACAUUCUUUACAACAACCAUACUUACGGACAAAUCUUGUCCAAGGAUCAUAUAAGCACAACAUUACAACGUAGGCGUCAGCCCGAGACGUCGUGCAGCCAUAUUGAACUGGCAAGAAAGCAAUAAACCAUGUCGCAAAGCGACCACAAGAGUUCGCUGUUAGACAGCACAAAAAACCUUGCUGUAAACUUACCAAAAGGCAGAAUACUGUCUGAGCGGGACAUGUGCGUUAAUUGCGUCAAAUAUUUUAACGUGAUUAAUUAAAAAAAUUAAUUACCGCGCGUUAACGCGAUAAUUUUGACAGCCCUACUUAAAUUCCCUUUUUUUUUCAGUGUAAAUCUACUAGAAAUACCGUAAUUUCUGGACUAUAAGGCGCACCUGACUAUAAGCCGCCAGCCACCAAAUUUGACAUGAAAACGGCAUUUGUUCAUAGAUAAGCCGCACUGGACUAUAAGCCGCAGCUGUCCUCAUUGUAUUAUGGGAUAUUUACACCAAAGGAUAUUAACUGGUAACACUUCAUAUGACAAUUGCAUCAUAAGACUGUCAUGAAACCAAAUGAACCACCAUUAAGCUUUGAACCAAUUUGGUGCAAAGCCUUAUUGUUUUAAAAAUCUUCAUUUGGCUAUCACUGCUCCCUUGGGGGAGACAGUCAACCUCUGCUGCCCCCUGCUGUCAACACUGUUGUCAUCCAACAUUCCUCCUAGCAUGCAUUGCGGCGCUACAGAUGUAAAAACAAUCAAAAUUCAUGUUCUGUUCUAAUGAUUUCUUCAUUUACUGUUCCAGUUGUUUCAUUAAUUGCUAGUUAUGGCAUUUGGUAACAUUUUCUUGGAUGGUGAUGUCAUAAUACUGUCAUAAUUAUUACAUGACACUGUCAUAGGUAUUAUUGAAUGCUUAUAAUAGAUGUCGGUUAGUGUCAUCCAGCAAAUUAUCUCAGUUUUGAAUGGACGUAAAAGAUCUGAGCUGGACAUAAAUGAAGUUAGUGACAUAAUAUGCAACAUGACACAUUUUGACAUCUGUCAUAAUAAUUCAGUAAUGCCCAUGAUAGUGUCAUGUCAUAAUUAUGACGUUCUUAUGACAGUCUUAUGAUGCCGCUUUCAAACAAAGUGUUACCUAUUAACCCAAAUAAAUCAUCAAAUAAACCCCACUGCACUAUAGACCCUACUCACCAACGUCACAGAAUGACGCGUCGCUGUAUCCGGCCGCCAUAUUGUCCGUCUUUGUUUAUCCGUAUUCUCAAUGGUUUCAAUUUGUCGUGCAAUUUAUAGUGCAAUUCAUGGAAGCCCCGGUACUUUCAGAGCUGUAAACUCAUUGGAUGCGUUGCAUAAAAGGCGUUAUGUGGAAAAGCUUCAGUCUAUCCAUUCGCCAGAUCCAUAUUUGAUGCCUAAAUCGAUAUUUUUCGACCCUCUGUCUUCGCCGUCUCUGCCUGACAUCUGCUACCCUGAUAUCUAGAACUAUCUUUUCCACAGAAACUCAGCCUAUUCUCACGAAACUUUGAAAAACAUUAAGAGCAGCAUUCUAAGCAUCAUUACCCCGUGCGAUGGCCGACGCUUCAAGGAUAGGUAGAUAUUGGACUAUUUCUUCAAUAAAACACGCAACAACUGUGUCUGCCUCAUUUGCAAAGAGACAGUCGCUGUUUUCAAAGAGUUCGAUGUGACGCCAUAAUGAUAUUACCGAACAAGACACGCUGACAUGUACGACAACAUUACAGGGAAGAUAUGCAGCGAGAAAUUAUAGCAACUUGAAGCUAGUUUAAUUUCACAGCAGCAGUAUUUCGCAAGAGCCCGAGUGUUGAAAGAGAACGCCACAAAGACGAGACUGUUGAAAUUAUGAAUUAAAAAAAAAUAAUAAAGCAAAUGUGACACACAGAAGGGCUUGCUAAAAUUUGUUUAAAUAUAUUGUUCUAUGUAAAUCAGCCAAGGUAGCCCCCCGCAUUUUUACCACACCAAAUCUGGCCCCCUUUGCAAAAGGUUUGGACACACCUGUUUCACUGAUGAUCCGUAGACGAGGCCAGCUUCUUUCACUUGGUACCAGCUAAAUAUUAUUCAAAAUGUAAUGAUGGUGGAAGAAAUAAGCAUCUUGAAUCUGAAACUGUAUGUUGUCGGCGAUUAGCCUCGCAAUGAUCUUAAUUGUGGUUGUCAGCCCAAAACCCUCUAAAUAUAUAUUAAAAGCAUCUUACCAGAUAUAAAAUGACUACUACAUAAUCUGUGGUAAUCGUUUGGAGCCCAGUUUUCUCGUCAAAUUGCAGCAGUCCAUCUCGCUCUCCUCUCCGGGUCUCUCGGAAUACGGUAGAACUUCAAGUCUCUCCGUCUAUCUUCUCUGUUAUUGCAACCAACCGCCACACACGCCUUCACCAUUUUGAUUAUUAAUGUUAACGAGCAGAAAAACACGCCAUAAUAGGAGGAAUUUACGUAGCGGUAAUGCGUCAACACGACGAGUAGACUGACAACAUGGCGCGGAGGCGUGGUUGUGACGUCAUGUGAGUAGGGUCUAUAAACCGCAGGAUUAAAAAUGAGGGGAAAAAAGUAGCGGUUUAUAGUCCAAAAAUUAGGGUAAGUGAAAUUAUCUGCCAUUGCCUCAAGUAAAUUUUACUAAGAUUUCUUGAAAUAAGAUAGCUAGCGGAAAAUAAGCUUGACUUAUUUUAAGCAAAAAAUGAGUACUGUAAUUUUCACACUAUAAGGAGCCACCCACCCAAAUGGACACGAAAACGACGUUUGUUCAUAGAUAAGCUGCACUGGACUAUAAGCCGCAGCUGUCCUCACUGCAUUAUGGGAUAUUUACACCAAAAGAUAUUAACCAGAAACACUUUGACAGCGGCAUCAUACGACUAUCAUAAGACCAGAUGAACCACCUUUGCUGCCAAUUGGUUCAAAGCUUCAUUCAUAAACUUCAUAAUGUAUUGACGGGACACGGGGUGCAGGGCUGAUAAAUAGGGGGCCUGCAUUGUUGGCGAGGUCGUCAAAGCUCAGACAAAGAGCUUUUUUUUCUCUAUGAAAAGUCUUGUUAAAAAAAUGCUUAAAUCCCUGAACUCCUCAUAGAUAUGGACGUAAAACAGUCAUGAUUCUUGGUUAAAAUAUAAAAAAAGUGCAGUCAGCAUAUAUUUUACGUAAAUAUUCCGAAGCACAAUGCUAGUCUGUUAGUGAAUGUAGCUAGCGGGCCGCCUUAUGUAAACAGCAUUUCUGGUGAAAAUUCUUGUGAAUAAAUGCUUAAAUCCCAGAAUUGUUUAUAGGUAUGGAUGUAAAACAAGUUCGAUUCUUGGUUAAAACAAAAAAAAAUACGUGCAGUUAGCAUCUAUUUUACGUAAAUUUGUCGAAUCACAAUGCUAGUCUGUUAGUAAAUGUAGCUAGCGGCCGCCUUAUGUAAACACAGCUUUUCUGGUGAAAAUUCUUGUGAAUAAAUGAGUUAAUCCCCAAAUUCUUUAUAGAUAUGGAUGUAAAACUUGGUUUAAAAAAAAAAAAUAAAAAAAAAACGUAAUUAUUUUACGUAAAUAUGGCCAACUAUGAUGGCAAUGCAGUAGCGGUUUUUCUCCCUUUGAUUUUUUCCCGUUUCAAAAUGCGUGGUUUGAGAAAAUAUAAUUAACUUGAAUCCUCGAACAAAUCACUCCUGAGACAACCCUUCCUGUUUGUAUGCGGUACAGCUUUUGUAGUUUUUCAACAGAAAUCCGGCGUUAGAUCGCUGCGUGCGUGUUUGUGAAUAGCUCCUCUUGAUGUGGGCGGCCCCCUACUUGAAGGCGAGCCGCAGUGCAUGACCAAUCUGACCCGUCAAUACCAUUAUGAAGUCGAUAAUUUAUUGCUUCAAGAAGAUUCAUUUGGUCAUCACUGCUCCCUUGGUGGAGACAGUCAAUUUCUUCUGCCACUUGCUGUCAACACUGUUGUUGUCCAACAUGCCUCCUAGCAUGCGUUGCAGCUUUACAGAUGUAAAUAACAAUCAAAACUCAUGUCCUGUGCUGAUUAUUUUCUCCAGUUGUUUCAUUAAUUGCUAGUUAUGGUAUUUGGUAACACUUUAUUUGACAGUGGCGGCAUAAGACAAUCAUAAUUAUGACAUGACACUGUAAUGAGCAAUAAUGAAUGCUUAUAACAGGUGUCAUUUAGUGUUAUUCGGUUAAUUAUUUCACGUUUAAAUGGAUGUAAAUGAUCCGAGCUGGACAUAAAUGGAGGUAGUUACAUAAUUUUCUGAAUGACACUUAAUGACAUCUGUCAUAAGAAUUCAGUAAUGGCCAUCAUAUUGCCAUGUCAUAAUUGUGAUGGUCUUAAUGACGCUACUGUCAAAUAGUGUUACCUAUUAACCCAAAUAAAUCAACAAAUAAGCCGCACUGGACUAUUAGGCGCAGGAUUUAAAAUGAAGGAAAAAAGUAGCAGUUUACAGUCCAAAAAUUAUGGUAUAUUUAAUCUAGUAGUCUGACACAUUAAUCUGUUGUCUUAAACACCCAAAACAUGAUGGAAAAAAUCAUUUGACUAGAUUUAAGAAAAUCUGAUUAAGACAUUAUAAAUUUGCAGUGCAGUCCCUUGCUUUUGUCAUGGGCCAAAUCUGAAUUUUUAAGGAAUUUAAAAGUUACUCCCUGUUGAUUUGGGGCCACUUUUUGUUGAUUUGCCGUGUUUCCUGUUUAUUUGGGGGCAUCAGAUCACAUCCUGUUUUUUUGGGAUCACUUAUUCUGGGGCAAAUAUAGGGCAUUUUCUGUUGAUUUGGGAGGAUUCACAGAAAAGUUUAUUUAGGGUCACUUCUUGUUUUUGGUGUAUAUCUAUGUAGCUUUGUUAUUCUUGUGUUGACUUUUUCAAUAGUAAAUGUUUUAAUCGUGUGUUUUGCCAAGUAUCCCCACAAAAAGUCACUAAAUUGUUUAAAAAAAAAAAAAAGUCCUUUCAUAAAAAUUCCAUGAUAUGUUUAUUGUGUCUAAAACCACUGUUCAAUGAAAAAAAUGUUUACAAAAUAAUUUAGGCUACAUAAGGAUCAUUUCAGCAAGAUAAAAUUCCAUUUUCUGCUUUCCUACACAAGUGCCUUGUAUGACCAGGAAAGACUGCUUGAUACGAUUCCAUCACGUAACUAAUGAAGUAUCCAUUUGUUUUUACUGCUUUGUUUGUAAACUAGGAUAUGAGCACUUUCUUUUAACAUUUGUUGUCAUAUAAAACCUCAUUUAUAUCACAAAAGUAGCUUAAAAAGAGUGAUUAAAAAAAGUCAAAAGUCCAAUGUCUUUUUUUGGGGGGGGGGGAUCACUGUUUGAGCCAGGGGUGAGCCAAGAUUGCCUCCUUGCUGCGGUCACCAUAGUCGUAGAGCAGCUCCUCGUCCGCCGCGAUGUCCCUGGACGCCACCAAGAUGAGGUGAGGCCGUCCGUCCACAGCAUGCAGCCUGGUCUGGCAGUUGCCCGCCUUGCUGUGGUUGAUCAACCGACCCAGCCGUCCUGUCUCCUCCGUGGCGUCCACGCUGACAGACGGGACAAAUAAAAGCAAAGUCUCCAUCUUGAUAACUAAUCACUUUCAAGGCAUAACGGCGUAGAAUGGAAAUCAGCAGAGUGACAACUUUCAUCGAUAUGUUUCCGCCAAGAUUUUUUUUUUUUUUUUUUUUAAACCGGAACAACAGGUUUCUACCAACAUCUUUCACUAGAAUAGUGUAUAUGUUAACUCAUUGGCUGUAAUUGGCAGUGCUAAACAGCCAAUUCAAUUCUGACUGGAAGGGGCGAAUGAACAUGUGUCACUUGUUCAUUUUGAGUCAUUCCCAAGUCCCUCAUUCAUUUCUGGACAUUCCAGGCUCACUUCCUGUUUACUGACAAAAACUCAACAGGAAGUGACAUAUAGAUGCCCCAAAUAAACAGGAAGUAACACAGAAGUGCUCCCAAAAUCAACAUGGAAUGACCUGAAAUCCCUCAAAAUUAAGUCAUUCUGACUGGAAGGGGGUGAAUGAAUGUGGAUAAUUUUGAGGGCAUUCACAGGUCACAUCCUGUUCAUUUUCAGUCACUUCCUACUCAUUUUGGGACAAUCCCUGGUCACUUUUCAAAACAAACAGGAUGUGGCUAUGAAUCAAUAGGAAGUGACCUCCCACUUUAAAUGGAUUGGACGUCACGCCCUGUCGAUAGCAGCCGCUGACUUAAUAAAUACCCAGAAGACCAAAAUGGUCUAUUUUACAUUAAGAGAAAAAAUAUAUACAUUAUUAAAGACAAAUUCCAUUAAUGGGCAGAUGAAGAGUUCGUCGGAUUUCGGUGUAAACUGACUAAACUUUUGACGAGUUCGUCGAAACGACUGUCAUUUCUAACGUGCAACUGUGAGAAGAAUUUGCGUUUUUUUUUAGCACUCUGUCAAUACUGCCUUCCCAAACCCGGAAGUGUGACGUCAUUUACAGAAGGCAACAGAACACAUGGCAGACUUUAUCCAUAGCAGCACCAGCGAUGUUAUUUCCAGCAAAAGUAGCCAUUUAGGAUCGCUUUUUUUGUGACGUUUGUGACGAGGGCUCCCAGGAAAGAUUACAUGUUUGAACCUAAGGUGUCAGAAGACAACGAUUUACUCAGUACAGCAGAUGGCAUUGACUCAGAUUUGCGGCUUGACACUUCACUAAAGGGAGAGAGGUAAGCCUAUGUUUAGCAUCGUGAUUUCUCGCUAAACCUUUCUUUUCCCAGUCAUUCUAUGAUAUAAUUUUCAGUAAUUGCAAAAACAGAUGAGUAGUUAAUAUCGAUCUAGUAAUAAAUGUAUCAAAUUCACUUGAAUGAAUGACCUGUCAGCUGUCCUAUCUACUUGUGACAGGCCAGCAACAAGAACGACAACAACAAAAAACGGGUCGCACCUCAACAAACAAGCAGUAGGAUUGCCCUCCUAUAUCAACAGAAUUUCAUCAAGUUUUAGAAUUAGAAAAGACAGUAAGGUACCAGUACUUAAGUCUUUGAAAAACCAAGGUUUUAUUCUCGCUUUUCAAAACCAUCGCCGCUGAAAUGUUGAAAACAAAGAAGCGAUUGAGGAACCGUGGAGAAGUUGUUCCACUUGACUCUCACUAAAGAUGUCCAAAUCCUUGCAGAAGGUUUUUUGGGCCACUGAUAGUCUCGAGCCUUCGUGUGAUCAAGUCAUUGCUACGCCUCGAGACAGCAUGAUGAACCUUGUGAGUAAAACACAGAAAAUCUUUGCAAUAUAUGGUGUAUUAGAGUGCUGGCCAGGCCUUCUGUAAAUUACGUCACCAGGUGGCGGCUAGCAGCGAAGCGCGUACCUCGUUGCUAAGGUGUUGCUAUGGCAGUAACUUAAAAACUACAUGGUCAAUUCAAAUGUUUUUUUUUGUGUAAUAUGAGUUUUGACACAGCGAGUGAUGCAUUCAAUACAAUUUAAACGGGUGAAACGCACAAGAAUCUUCAUCUGCCCUUUAAAAAGGAGGCAAGUCAAGGAUUUAAAAGAGUCACUGUGUAAUGUCGCUUUUUACUAUCUUUUUUCUGAAACGGGUAGAAAAAGUUGAAUUAAUGGGCGCCUCCAUUAGGAUUAGUAAUUGAAAGGGGGGGGAACUAAACCAAAUGAUCUUUUUAUUUAUAUAUAUAGGGCUGUCAAAAUGAUGGCGUUAACGGGCGUUAAUUAAUUUUUUAAAUUAAUCAUGUUAAAAUAUUUGA